GCGGCGGGGCCGCCAUGGCGGAAGACGAGAGCGACCAGGAGUCGGAGCGCCUCAGCGAGGAGCUGGAGGCGCUGGCGGCCCCCGGGCUGCCCCCGGCGCUGCCCGCGCUCCUCCGCAGCCAGUACUACUGCCGCCGCUUCUGCCAGGUUGUCGAGGACUAUGCUGGAAGGUGGCAGGUUCCUUUGCCUCAGCUCCAGGUGCUCCAGACAGCUCUGUGUUGUUUCACCUCUGCCUGUGUGUCCUUCCCAGCCGAAUGUGAGCACGUCCAGUACGUGUUGAGUAGCCUGGCUCUGAGUUUUUUUGAAUUGCUGCUGUUCUUUGGAAAGGAUGAGUUCUACGAAGAUCCUUUGAAAGAUAUUUUAGGUUCAAUCCAGGAAUGUCAGAACCUUCUAAAUAAAUACAGGAAUAUGAACCUGGAACUGGUGACUCGAAUAAUUCGAGAUGGUGGACCAUGGGAGGAUCCAGUAUUACAAGCAAUUCUGAAAGCAAAGCCUGUCUCACAGGAAUUAGUUAACAAAUAUUUAAGCUCUGAAAAUCCACUGUUCUUUGAACUGCGUGCCAGAUACCUUAUUGCCUGUGAACGCAUCCCUGAGGCAAUGGCUCUUAUCAAAUCUUGCAUAAACCAUCCCGAUAUCAGUAAAGAUCUGUAUUUCCAUCAAGCUCUUUUCACCUGUCUUUAUAUGUCACCAUUAGAAGAUCAGCUAUUCCAGGAGCACUUGUUGAGGACUGAUUGCAAGAGUGGAAUUGAGAUCAUCUGCAACACUGAAAAAGAAGGGAAGACUACCUUAGCCUUACAGCUUUGUGAAUCCUUCCUAGUCCCACAGCUCCAAAAUGGGGACAUGUAUUGUAUCUGGGACCUGAUCUUCAUUUGGAGUAAACUGCAGCUUAAAUCUAACCCUUCAAAGCAAGUAUUUGUUGACCACUGCUACCAGCUCCUGAGAAUUGCCACAAAUGUCAGAGUCAUUUUCCCUUUCAUGAAAGUCAUUAAGGACGAGGUUGGUGAGGAUGGCCUGCAGAUCUGUGUCGAGAUAUGCGGGUGCGCCCUCCAGCUGGACCUGCGUGAAGAUCCCACCAUGAAGAGUCUUAUUUACAAAGCAAUCGCUCACUUCCUGCCCAACGACCUGGAGAUCCUGCGGAUUUGUGCUCUCUCCAUCUUUUUCCUGGAGCGCACCUUGGAAUCUUACUACACUGUUGAACACUUGUAUAAGUGUGCAGAUGAAGAGUACAACGAGUGCACUAGCUCUGUUCAAAACCGCGUGCGUUUUGAGCUGCUCCCCAUCUUGAAAAAGGGGUUGUUUUUCGAUCCCGAGUUCUGGAAUUUCUUGAUGAUCAAGCAGAACUGUUUGGCGCUGUUGGGGGAUAAAGCCUUGGACGGCUUGGGUGAAAGUACACUGGAAAACUCCGCUGCAAACCCCGAGAAAAUAGCGGAGUACAGGGCUCUGAGCGAGGAGCGUGCCCGUUUGACAGACGUGAGCAACGGGGAGCUCGACCCCGGGAACUGCUCCGGGGCCCGGUCCAAAGGCCAUGCCAAAAAGAACCACGAAGCUCUGGAGGCCCCUAAAAGCUUGGAUCGAAGUGAGCCCAGGCACCGCUGCGUGAUAUGCAACAAGGAGUUCCUCGGCGAUCACAUCGUGAAACACGCGCAGGCUCACCAGAAGAAGGGCAGCUUUUCCUGUGUACUUUGCACCAGAAAGUUCAGGCAGAAGGGGCUGAUGCUGAAGCACUUGAGGAAUCACGUCAGGAAGAUAGAGAGGCAACAUCUUGCUGCGGUUCUCGAGGCUGGUCAGCAGGCUCCUGCUCUUAGGGAAGUAGGAUGUUCUGAUGCUUCUCUGUCUCUUGAAAACGGGAAUUCCUGUGGUUCCAAAGAUACUGUGCCAGUGGCUGCAGUAGCUCCAGGUGCUGAGCGAGUGGUCCAAGGGGAGGAUGAGAGCGCAGAACAGGGAUUUGGUGCGGUGGAAAACCACCUCAGUGACCAGGAUGAUGCUACUGAAAACAGUAGUGACAGCUGUUUUAAUAAUGUCCCCGAUGCUUUAAGUACAGAGAGUUUGCCUGAAGAUGAUGAGAACUCCAGUAAAGAGUCACCUGUUCUGCAUAAAGUGAACGGGGCUUUUUGCCCUCGAAAACACAUCGAUGCUUUGGAUGAGGAAGGAACCUUUAAGUGCCCUGCUACUGGCUGUGCUCGGGUGUUUAAAAAGAUAAGAUUCCUCAACAAACACGCCAGGAAAAGUCAUCCAACCGACCUGAAGGUGCAGCAACACAUAAUGAAGUGGAAUAAAGGAAAAUGUCGGUUCUGCCAGAGAAAAUUUGCUGAUUCCCAGCAUUUUAUAGACCACCUGAAGAGACACGUGUAUCCAAAUGUUUACUUUUGUUUACACUUUAAUUGUAAUCAGAGGUUUAAGCUGUCGGCUGAGCUUGCAGAGCAUACGAAAAGUCACAGUGUGUUUAAAGCUCAGUGCAAUUUUUCAGACUGCUGUGAGCUGUUUGAGGAGCUCCCUUUGCUGUAUGAACACGAGGCUCAGCAUUAUUUAAAUAAAACCCCGGAACGUUUGGAAGACGCAAGUGAAAAAGAUUCUUCAGAUGAUCCCUCAGAACUUUGUGGUUUCCAGGAUGAUGACGAAUCUGUCAAUGAAAAAGAAACUGUAGAUUUACCAAUUCCAACUUGGAAGUCGAGGAAGGACUCUACAGAACCAAAGACAUACAUUCAAAGUGUGGAGAAGAAAGCAAACAACGUCAUUCACAAUGGAAAUGAAAGUUCAUCCGAGGGUAGUGCUGCAGUUUUAAGUUCCACAGACCAAAAGGCACCCGUGUUACAGCCAAAUUCUGAAAACUGUAGUGUUGUUAGUGACCAACUAGUCAAUGGGCACAGUGACCCAGGUCAGACGUCAUCCAAGUCAUCACAGACACCUUUGGACAGAGGGGCAGAUGAAACAAGGACAGAAAAUGGGUCAGUGUUACCAGUUUUACAGAAUUGUCAUGAUGCACCACAAAAUAAUAAUAAUAAUGCUGCUGCUGCUGCCUCACAAGUACCUUCUAAACCAAAUCAGACAACAGAGACUACUUCAUACGGUGUCAUCCUAACAAAACCCUACGUUAGACCAUUGCCUCCGAGUUACCUUGAUGAACGUUACAUUAGCAUGCCAAAACGUAGAAAAAUUUUGGCUGAGGAAGUAGAUGCCUACUCUGAACAAGAUAAAAUUUGUAGCAAAACAACAGAAAGAUUUAGAUGUGGCAACUGCUUGACCAUCUACUGUAAUUCAGAAGCACUUGAGGCUCACCUUGCACAAAAGAAGUGUCAGACGCUCUUUGGAUUCGAUUCAGAUGAUGAAAGUGCCUGAUUCAGUGUUCGGGAGGAAAGUAUCAGAUAAGGAGUGGUGUGAGGAAACACUACAUGAAGAAGCAUCAGUUCGUUUCCCAGUUGGCCUUAAACACGAAGCAGUCUCAAAUUACUGGAGAGAAACAUGACCUUGAUAAAGACAAAGCACAUUUUUCUAGACAGAACUCACAGAGGAGUUAAUAGGAGCUCUGCAGGUCUCGAGUCCAGAAAGGUUGCUACAAAAUCCCCAAAGUACCAGUUCUCUGAAAAGCCAUGUUCAUUCCAAAUAGGUGAUUGAAGCUGAAUGGCCCAGCCUUUGUAGCAGGAAGGUUUAAGGAAAAUCAGGCAAGCAUAGAUGUUGCCUUGUGGAAAAACCAGCCAGUUCUGAAAGCUGCUUUAGUUUGUGUCAUUAAUGGGGUGUCUGUCCACACAGCUGGGAAGGAAUCGUUCCAGAAGGUGUUAAUUAUUAUGCUAUGGAUAAGAAAUCCAUGCAUUCUUCUUUCAAAGCUCAAGUGUGGGAGUCGUAUUAUCUGCUCAAAAGCAUGGAGCUCACUUAAUAAACUUACACUCAGAAUCCAAAGAGGAACGUGGAAAGAAAUCUUGAGAUAGAUGGAAUGCUGGAAUAGCCAAAAACUCGAAAUACAGCACAUAGCCAGGAAGAGUGAGUUGAUGUGAUAAAAUACUUACAGACAGUGGAAAUCAGAUGCAAUGCAAGAGAAGCCCUUUGCAAGGCCAAGGUGAAGGUGCAGGUAAAGGGUGUCUUGUGAAACAUCUGUCAUAGGUGUGGGAAGGCCAAGCCAAGCAGUACGUGCACAGAUCCCCGCGUGGAUUUUAACCGAUUGAAAACAAAUGCAGAAUGUUGAGGAGGUCAAACUUGCAUUACAGAGUUUGUUAUUAUGCAAAUACAGAGGUCCCUCAGCUGUGGGUGUGACUGAGAAGAACUUGAGAAGGCAGACAAAAGCAGAGCACAGGUUGGAGGGGGGAAAAAAAAGAUCAGGAAGAGCCUGUUUUACAUCUGUGGUAAAUGGUGGUGGGCCACGACUCAGUACUGUAACUACUUAUUUACUGUCUUGAGGAAGGGAGAAAAUAGGUAUGGACUCAGUCUCUUUUAAGACACAUUGUAACUUUAUUUAGUUGCAUCCCUUGAAAAGAGCCUUUCCCAGGAGUUGGUGAAGGAGUUACUGAAAUGUUAAGCACUUUAUUCGAAAUUCACUGUUCACAGAAACAAUCAGAAUGUGAAGACAGGAAGUGUGAGUCCUUCAGCUCUAUGUGUAACACUGAAAUGCAGAACAUUUGGGAACCAAAAGGGUGCCCUUGUAGUUUUUGGUCUUCCCACCCCAGGCAAGAGGUGUGGCAAACAUGCACAUUGCCCAAUUACCGUGCUGAUUUCUCCUCUCAUUUAUCUCCUGCCACCUGACAGAGUGUUUAUUUGGGAUCCUGUUGCACACGGGUAGCAUUUUAAUGUGAUUGUAGGCAGGGGGGGAGGGAUGGUGGUGCAAACUGGUGUUCAGGGAUGGAGUCCUCACAGAAAUGUGGGGUGGCAAAGCCCAACUGCUCCUGCUCAGCUGGUUUAUUUAUGGAAUAGUUCAUCAUGGCCUAUGUAGGGCUCAAAUCAGCAGGUAUGGAAAAAAACUAAUGCAUAA